GGGCUCGUGCGCUGCGAUCCUCGUGAGCGCGGCCUUCGGCGUGAACCUGUCCAGCGUCUUCUACAUUGAUAACUGCGUUGUCGUGUCGCAGAUGCACGUGAUGUACGCUCUUGCAUCGGACCUGCGUGUUUUCGGCGGCUCCGUGUUCUCCAUACAGAACAGCUCGUGGAGUGCGCCGAGCAGAGAAUACUACGAAGGUGCGUGUGUGUUUGGGGGGGUCGCUGUGGAUGGCGGCAGCGUGCUUCAGAUUGUGUCCAGCACGUUCCGUCUCGGCUUCGCCAUGCUCAUUGUAACCUCGCUGACCGUGACUGGUGGCAGCUGGCUGGUGCACCGCAGCAACGAGUUUCGCACCGCCUACGUUGUGUACGUGGCUAAAUACGACGGUGGGGCGUUCCGCGAUCAGAGUGUGUGGUCGAUACUUGACAACAAACUUACGUACGGCUCGUACUCGUCUACCAUCGCACACAUAACCAGCAACUGGUUACCAUCAUCCGACUCGCGCCCGAUCAUCUACGGCGUGUGCAACGAGGCAAGGGGCUCUCCUGUGACGGAUUACGGAGAAGAGCUCAACAUUGGAGCCCCCGUGAGGGUGUUGGACUGUGGCGCAUGCACCAUGGAUGCUGUGUGCUUUUCAGCGAGGACGAGCAGCAUCAGCGGCUGUGCUUGUGUGUGCGCUGCUGGCGGCCACGGUGACACGUGUCUGCCGGCUGCUGUUCCAGACGGCCUUGGGCCGCUCCCGCUCCCCGAUGCGAAGGACACGGAGGUCCGCUGCGUGCACGGUGGCAGCAUCAGCUCCGUGGACUAUCCUGGUCCCGGUGUGCGUGUUUUUUGCUUUGUCAACGUGACCUUCACCGCCGCGAUUGUGCUGGACCUGUGGAGCCUUGACGCACCACAACAGACACUCAACAUCACGCUGCUGCAGUGCGUCCUCAUGGGCCUGUUGGUCAAGGGGAGUGGUGCGCGCGUGCACGUGAACAUGACAUCCUCGAUGCUGGACGCCGGAGCAUUGGAGUUUGAGGGCCAUUUUGGAGCGAGUUCCCGGAUACUUGUGGCGGGCAGUACGCUUGUGACGACGUUAUUCCAUGCCAUUGUCUUUCCGGAAUUUUCCCUCGGUGCGAAGUCGACGCUGCUUCUACUCGACAACUACAUCGAGGGGAAUAGUGGCGCAGUUUGUUUCACCAAUGCUUUUGUUGUUGAUGGUGGCGGGGUCAUUGUGAAGGGAAAUACACUGAGUACAAUAGAGAAUAACGGUGUGGAAUCAUCUGUUUAUGUUUACGCUUUUGACGUGAAAAAUGGCGGCUACUUUGAUUCGGAGAACAACACGAUGAGAGCCGUUAGUGGCCUUUAUGUUCUUGGGGAAACUACCGUGAGCUCUGCGGGGCUGCUGAGAGUGGCGGACUGCACCUUUAUUGGCAGCACGAAGGUUUCUAAUUCUGCGCUGGUGCAUUUUGACGGCUCGCUGACACUCGAGAGAGGUGCGCAGUGGCGUCUGGAGGGCAACAAAGUGAGGGCAGCCUCACUAAUAGGUGUGCCAAAAUCCUCGCACAAAAUUGCUCUGUCAGGCAGCGGCACUACCGUGGCGCUUGCACACAACCGUCAGUUGGACUCCCGAUUGCCCUUUUUCAAUUUUUUUCCAUUGAGCAUUUUCGUGACGUCACCCGCGCGGUUUGUGGUUGGGUGCAACCUGCAGGGCGAUGAGGAGGUGUCGUACGACGGUUUGUUUCCGGUGGAAGUGGUGGUGUUCAGGUGCGGCACAUGCAACGACGACGCUGCGUGCUACAUGCCCGGGACGGACUCGGUGGACCGCGUCUCGUGCUCGUGCAGCUGCAAGGACGGAUGGUAUGGCGCGUUGUGUCUUCCCUUCGAGGUGCCCGACACGGUUGUGCCGCCCGUGACGGAGAGAGCCGUUGACGGCGAAACGAGCUGCGUGGUGGACCAGACGCUGACGAGCCUCACGCUGAACAUGUGGAAGACGCACCACUGCUACGUGGAUGUGACAUUCAGCGGCGUGGGUGCUGCGCUGACGUUUUUCCUUGACAGCAUGCCGCUUCAUCUCCCCAUCAACAUGACGCUUACUGGGUGCACGUUCCGUGACGGUGCCGCGCUGGAGUUUGUUGGGGGUGCGGCGGCGGCCGAGUCAGCCGGCGUCCUCAUCCGCGUGAGCCAGACGGUGAUGCGGUCCUCUGUUGUUGUGUUUGCAUUCGCCCUCCCGCAGCACUGCGAUAUCGCCGUCACGGAGGUUGACGCGGUGCAGUCUUCUAUUCUCUUUUGGCCUGACACUGUGAACAAAAGGUUGAGCGUAGUGGCGCUGGACAACGUCGAGUUGACUGCGUCCUCGCUGUUGGUCAGCAACGUCAAGGCGCAUGCAACGAAGCGUGAUGCGUUUGGUUUGUACUCUAUUGGGACGCUGACGCUGGUGGGUGACAGCUCGCUGUACGUGCGGUACUGCAGCCUUGAUGGAUACACACACCUGUUCCACGUAAAUAUCCUCAGUGUCCGCGAUCACUCUGUCUUUGCGCUGCUCAACAACACGAUGUCCUCCGGGACAAGUCUCCUGUAUCAGUGCCUAGACAUUAGUGUGUCGGGACACAGCGUGUUGCGCGUGGUGGGGAACAGCGGUUUUGUGUCCUGCGCCAUCUUUGUAGACGACUCGUGGACCGUCGAGGAGUCAAGCUGGUUGGAUUGGCGCGACAAUGACGUGGGAGUGGGUGCGAUUUUCCACGAAUCCGAAUCCACUUUUCUUAUCAUUGACGACAGCAGUGUGGUGACGCUGACGGGCUGCAAGAUGGGCUCGACGGGGUUGUCGGUGCCUUUGCUAUUUCGGGCUGACGCCGGCUACCAGUUCGUUGCUGGGUGCCUGACGGUCGCAGGACGUGUUUUGACGACGGCGGCCGAACUGGAGCUCCACGGCAUCACCGACGUGACGACGGUUGCCGUGUGCGGGGAGUGCACGAGGGAGAGCGACUGCUUUGCUCCGCUGACGACGGCGGUCGUUGACUGCAAGUGCCGGUGCGCUGCUGGAGGGCACGGCGAUGUGUGUGUCCCGGCGCCUGUGCCUGCUGGCCCGCCGCCACCGCCACCGCCACUGCCAGCACCACCACCCACGCCGCCACCGCCGAUUGGUGAGUGCAUCAGCGACAUGGUGUACCCCGAGGUUGCGCAGGCAGUGGGCGGCGGGCUGUCGUGGCUGUGCUACCGCAACGUGACGUUCAGCGGGGGUGGCAUGAGCCUGGCAGUGCUGACUGGGGCGAUGACGGGCGACGUGGCGAAUGUCACGUUCGAUGGAUGCACGUGGAGGGACGGCGCCGUGCUGUUGCUGUUGGGCAACGCGCAUGCCGCUGUGGGGUCGCUGAACGUCUUCGUCACCGGCAACGCGUUCCAUGACGCGCUGCUCAGCCCGGAGGGCGGUUUUCCACCGCACACGAACAUCACGAUCAGCGGGAAUCGCUUCACGGUCACGAGGCUGAUCCCUCGACCGGGUUUGGGCCUUAGGAGCCCGUCGUGUGUUGCGAUGAAUGGACUGGCGAUCAGCGAUGGCUCCGCGGUGGUGCUCAGUGGCAAUGUGUUUCAUAGCGUGACGGCAUCGUCGAGCGCCAUUCAUGUCGUUGAAUCUGCGCUGAGGGUGAUGUGGCGCUCCGUGUUUGCUGUGAUAGGCAACACGUUUCAUAUGGCUGGCGGUGACAGUACGCUGAUAUAUCUUGAAGGGUCUAGACAUUCUUCGUCACUGAUUGUACUGAACAACUCUGCUGUGGUGGUCCGAGGCAAUCUUGUGUCGAGGCCGGUGAAUUACGUCAUUUUUGUUUGUUGGGCAUUACGUGUGGAGUCCCAAUCAUCGGUCGUGUUUCAUGGCAACAACAUGCAGGGAAGCUUGGUUGUGUUUUAUUCAACUUUUUCUUACAUUUACUACAACUCCUGGCUGCAGUUGAGCGGCAACCUUUGCCGUGAAUCUCCAUCGGAUACCUUUGCUGUUUUGAGCCCCGCAGUGAAUCUCCGCGACUCCACGGUGUCUGUGGCCGGCAACCAAGUCAUGUCCAGCAAGGGAAUGACCAAAACACUGUGGAUAUUUUUAGGGACAAGCGAUCUUACAAACGGAGAGAUUGUGGUUGCGUGCAACACUGUGAACGGCAAGGAGGAAGAGAACUACGCCAUUCCGUCCGUGUACAAUGCCACCAUCCUGACCUGCGGCGAUCCAUGCACCCUCGCGGCGUCGUGCUUCCCUGCUUACACGUCGACGGCGUCGAGUGAUGGCUGUGCCUGCAGAUGCGCGGAGGGCGGCCACGGCGAUGCGUGCCUGCCCGUUGCUGUCCCCGAGCCACCGAGCACCGACGGCGUCGACUUGUGCGUGCGGGACGUGCGUGUGGGUGUGAAGCUGAGCGCCGGUCUCGGGACGUCGGUGGUGUGCUACGUUGGUGUGACCUUUGCGGCGGACGUUGUGGUGGACGUGGAGUUGAUGUCGGGGAGCGUGCGCAACGUGACGCUGGCGAACUGCACGUUUUUGGACGGAGCGAUCCUGUACGUUGUUGGGUGGCUGUCCCACCCGCCUUCUGGCGAGCGUGCCGAUGUGUUGAUCAGCGGCCUUGAGUCGCGCUCCGGCGGCGGCGUGUUGGUGGCGAACCGAUUUCCGCCGGGCUCUCGCGUCACUGUGGUGGACUCGGUGCUGAUUGCAGAGAAGCGCGUUGCGUACCGCGGCGCCUACGGCCUUGGCGACGCCUCCGCGUGCCUCGUGGUGCACAGCGUGAAACUGACUGGGAGCGUGCUGACCAUCGCGCGCACGCAUGUGGCGGCUGUGUUCCGUGACGCUGUUGGCGUGUUGGUGGUUGACGGCGUGGCGCUGCAGUCACGUGGUGCGCUGUACUUGGACGGGCUGUCGGUGCAGACGGCGCUGGGGCUGUGCGUGUCGGUGGAGGGCAGUGUUGCUGCCAGUGGCGGCUCCGUGGUGGCGUUUGUUGACAGCGACUUCCUGCUGUGCAAGCACGCGGUGUCCGUGCGUGGGGCUGUGAGCGUGUCGGGCUCCGCCGUGGCGCUUGUGCGGAGCGACUUUUCGUUGACGGAGGACUACGCGGUGACGUUUUAUUCGACGGUGAGCCUUGCCAACGGGUCGAUGCUGCUGGCGAAGGGCAACGUGCACGACGGCGCUUCGAGGGAAAUGCUCCACGCCGCUGGUGCCGUGACCGCUGCUGGGAGCACGCUGAGUUUUGUGCGCAACCGAGCGCUGCAGCCGCGGAUGGUGUCGCUGAGCCUGUCGCUCGCGGCUGGGGCGCAUUUGAGGGUGGCGUGCAACGACGCUGGUGGGCGUGUCCUGUCGACGGCGGAGGAGUACGCAGCGGCUGGAUUUGGCGACGCUGGGCGCAUCGACGUUGUUGGGUGCGACGACUGCGACAGGGACACGCACUGCUACGCGCCCGGGACGACCUCUGCGAGCAUGAGGAACGGUGUGUGCGUGUGCGUGUGCGGCAGCGGCGGGUACGGCGAGGCGUGCGUGCCUGUGGGAGCUCUCGCACUACCGCCCGCUGUGGGCACCGCGUCGAGUUUGUUUGUCCGCGAGGGCGUGACGGUGCAGUCGGUGUUCGUUGUGCCUGCCGGCGCGAGCGAGGUG